CGUUCUUGUUAGCUAGCGGUUCGACAAAAAGAGAACGGUAGAGUAAGUACCAGACUUUAAAAAAGUACGAGAUCGAUUUGUUUGAUGAAACACUUCAUGGUGGUGCUCCAGCAUGACCGUAGUUAUUACUAAAAGGUGACAAACAGACUGAUCGUUUCCAGAAGUAGCCAAUGUCUCAUUUAAUGAGCCCUGUGUCGUUGAGCAGUGGCAGUGUUGGCAUGAAUAUGGUAUCACCUCUGGUUGUGGUAAGCCAAAAGGACUCUCUAGAAUGUUCUGUCAUGCAGAUCGAUACUCACAUUCAGGAGGAUGACAAGGUCCAAGACUUGUCAUACCUCUUGCAUGUUCCUGCUGAUAAUUCACCAUCAGUAAGUGGACUUCAUGACUAUGACUACCCCACGUUUUUAAAUGGAAGGGUGGAUAUCGAAAUUUUUGCUGAUAUUGGAGACAUGAAGAAGGUACCACUCCCUCCGGAACUGGUUGAACAUUUUGGUCACAUGCAGUGCCAGUGUUCCAUGGGGUUGUUUCCUGAAAUUGAGAGGGCAUGGCUUGCAAUUGACAGUGAUAUAUAUAUCUGGAGAUAUGAAGAUGGGCAAGACGUUGCUUAUUAUGAUGGAGUUGAUGAAACAAUCCUGUGUGCGGCUUUGGUGCCCCCAAAACCAGAUGUGUUUCAGUCGAGUAUUAAAUAUAUUCUGGUUUUGGCUACAACAGUGGAAAUUGUCCUACUUGGAGUCCGCUUCACAGACUCUCCUCCAGGUGCUUUGGAAAGUUUGAGUAACUGUGAAAUGCAUCUGAUCACAGAGCCUCUCUUCAGCCUGCCAUCAGACAAUCUUUAUGUUGUCAGCAUAGUAGGUAUGAAUAAUGGGCGUAUUUUCAUGGCCGGAAAAGACAGCUGCCUUUAUGAAUUGGCAUAUCAGGGUCAAAAAGGUUGGUUUGGACGGCAGUGCAAGAAAAUUAACCAUUCAACCAGCUACCUGUCAUACCUGGUACCCAGCUUUAUCAAUAUAUCUUUAACAGAAGAAGAUCCACUGCUGCAAAUCUGUAUCGACCAGUCUCGGAAUAUUCUUUACACACGCUCAGACAAAGGAACGAUUCAGGUUUUUGACUUGGGUGAAGAUGGCAACGGGAUGAGCCGCGUGGUAACUGUACCAUUAUCUACCAUCAUACAAGCUGCCAGUCAUAUAGCCGGGACGAUCGAUCCCUCUUUAUUUAAAACCAUCAUUCACAUUGCACCACUGACAGCCUCGGAAUCACCAAAUUUUCAUCUUGUCGCCAUUACACAAGCAGGUGUUCGGUUAUACUUUGCUGCAAAACCAUUUGGUGCUGUGCAACAGAUAUCUCGCAAAUAUCCAUCAAUGUUAAAGUUGGUUCAUGUUCGCUUACCUCCUGGUUAUUCUGCCAACCCUGCUCACGGUCGUCCAAGCAACGUUAGACUUGCCCAUUAUAAAAAAGGAACCCUUCUGAUGAUUCAGUCGCGCUCUGAAGAAAACGACUUGCUCUGGACAAUCAGCAGUGAUUGCUUACCUUUCAAUAAUGUACUUAAAGAAAUCAAGAGCUAUGUUCCUCUUGAAGGUCGAACAUGGAGCAUGUGCGAGGUCCCAGCUAUCCAGACAGAUAUUACCCCUGAAUUUAAACAGCGGCCAGACCCACCAGUUGUAGUCACACAACACAAUGAGAAACCAAGGAAGUUUGUUUUUAUCAAUGCCCAGGGUUGUACCAUUGUGUCGAAACUCCGUCCUGUUGACCAACUGAGAAGACUGCUCAUUUCAUGCCAAGGUCCAGAAUCAGAAGCUGUCAAAGACUUUUUUACUCUACACAAGGUUGACCAAGCAUGUGCUGCCUGUUUAAUACUUGCUUGUUCCCGAUCUCCCAGUGACCAGCAAAUUGUCAACUGGGCUCAAAUGGCCUUCUUUAUGUAUGGUGGACAUCCCCACAUGAAAAUUGCAAGUGAAAAUGAAUAUGGACCAGGGAUUCCUACAAGUGUUGGCCCAGCAUCAUAUCCUGGUCAAGCAACACCUGGUCACCUGUCCUACUCAAUGAUGUAUGACCCGGCAACCCAUUACACAUCACUUGCUGGUAUGCCAACACCAGCACCAGGGUCUGCACCGAUUCAUAGUUCCACACCUAUGGUUCAACCACAGCCUCAGCAGCCGCAGCAGCAACCAUUCUCCCAGUCUUACCACUCGAGUAUCCUGGGACGCUGCUCAGCUGCCGGUCACGAUGUGGUCUUCUCGGGCAAACACAAUGGCAUCUGCCUCUACCUGUCACGGAUCCUGAGGCCUAUUUGGGAUCAAUAUAUAGUCUCAGAAUAUCAUUGUAAAACUGAUGGUGAAUCCAUUACUUAUCUAGUGUGCAAGUUCACCAGUGAACAACUACAGCAUACCUCAAUUCUGGUGCGCAACGUGUCAGAUUUCAUAGAUUUCAACUCCCGACUUGAUUCACCUUUAGCAGCCGACAGUCCUACAGCUGGGCACCCAACAACAUUGAGAAUGACUGGUCCCCAUUAUGAUGGUCACCAUAUGGAUGAACAGACAAGGAAGCAAUGGCAAAUUGAGUGCCAGAAUGUUGAAAGAGCAUCUUUACAGAAUGUCCGAGAGUUGAUCACCCAAGUGGAGCAGGUCCUCAGUCUACUCAAAGUCUUAGUUGAUCACCAGUUCCACAUGUUGGCCAGAGAACUGAAUCAGGAUCAACAGGCCCAUCUCAAGGCAAUGACAUUUAAGCAGUUAGUGGUAUCAGGUCGUGAGAUGUGUAAUGCACUGAUAACUAGUCUGAUUGAUCGCUACUUACAUGACAACGCCACCAUCGACGUCGUGAGUAGCACCUUAAGGAAGAUAUGUCCACGUCUCUACAGCACUGAUGACGAGACUUGUUCAAAGGCUUUAGAGUUACUACAAGCUGCCAAGGUGAAUCCUGACCAAAUAAAGAAGAAACAGCAGCUGGAAGAGGCCUUAAUGUUAUACAAAUCAGUGAGCCAGCCUCUUCAAUUGUCUGCCGUGUGCAACCAGUUAAGCUCUGUGCAGUAUUAUGCAGGAAUAGUAGACCUCUGCCUAUGUAUUGCACAAAAACGGGACCCUCAGAACUUUGCCCUCCACUUCCAUAAAAACGGUGAGCCACCAGAAGAUAACCAAGGCAAGCAAGCAUAUAAAGCCAGAAUGGAUUGUUAUAAACACAUCACAGAGACUCUGGUCUACCUGCUUUAUGCUAGCGUUUCACAUCCACAGUCACCCAGCACACCAAAGUCACCUGGUAAGCCCCUAGCUCCUGAUCCAAACAGACUGUCACCAUCAGAAGCUGAACUACAGAAAGAGCAGGUAUUUAAAUUAGCUUUGAAGUCAGGCGACGAGUUAUUUCAUGUGGCGCUGUAUGACUGGCUGUUGCAGAACAAUUUGAAUGACAAACUCAUUGAGAUCAAGAGCCCGUUUUUGGAGACCUACCUGAAAUGGAAGGCCAGCAUUGUUCAAGACGACAAGACACUGAUUCUUGAUUUGCUGUGGAAGUUCUACCAGAAGAACAAAAACUUCCCUGCCGCUGCUCGUAUCUUAUCAAGGCUGGCAGAAAAACAUGGGUCUGAUCUCACCCUGUCACAGCGUGUUGAGUACUUAUCUCGUGCUAUAGCCUGUGCUAAAGGUUCGACAUUGAUGACCAGCGUAGCCACGGAAGGAGAAUUCUUGCAUGAACUGGAGGAGAAGAUGGAUGUUGCUAAGUUACAGAUGAUGGUCUACAAUGCUUUCUGCACUAUGCAGUGCAACAGUGAAGUGUUGACUGCUUUGAAUUCUGAUCUUUUAGAUAUUUCAUCACUCUAUGAAAAAUUUGCCGAUCCAUACGGCCUGCAUGAAUGCAAGCUGGCUAUUGUCCAUUCUGCUGGCCUCUUUGACCCAGCUCUCAUUGAAAAUCUUUGGCAAAGUAUUAUAGAUUCAGCGAUAGAUUCAGCCAAGAAAGCAUCUAGUGUCAUAAACCCUGUGAAUAUAUCCAACCAGUUACUUCCAAUUGGCAAACAAUAUGUGUCUGCUGACCGCUACUUUCCUCUUGCCUUCAUCACAAAAUACUUGGAGCAGUGCAGUUGUCAGCAUGAUCUGUCUCCAAUCUGGGUCUUCAACACACUACUCGAUUUCGGCGUGAAACCUACCAAGCUGCUACAGGUUUACGAUUCCAUCUUCAAAUUUCGGGGUCCAAGCUGGCAGAAAUACCACAAACCAUUACACAUUCUCACAGUUUUAUACCAUCUUAUUGAUAAAUUAACGAACAUGAUCCACUUGAUUCCAACAGCAGAACGGAGGCAGUUUUUCACUUAUUGCCUUGAUGCAGUGUCCAGCUACCAGGUGGAGCUACAAGCAAUCAGCAGCACAGACCCUGAAGUGCGUCAACUUGUAAACAAAUACCGCUCAGUUCAGGCAAAACUGGAACGAAUGUAAAUAAAAUUUCAGUGGAA